GCUGGUGGUUGCGCCCGGCUCCUGAGCUUUUCCACACCUGUCUGCCGAGAGAAAGAGGAGGAGGGACCAUGAUUGACCUGAGCUACCUGACAGAGGAGGAGCAGGGGAUGAUCAUGACGGUGCUGAAGAGGGAUGCUGAACUGAAGAAGGCAGAGGAGGAGAGGGUCGGGAAACUACAGAAACUGCUGAGCAGUGGCUCGCAGUCAGACACCAACCUGAAGUACCUGACAGGAGAGUGGUUUUAUGAAGUGAAGUCUCGCAGACACAUGGACAAGAUCCAUGGCUCAGAAAUCAUCCUGGCCUCCAUGAAACAGAGGAAAGCUGGUGGCUUAGAUGGAUCCCUCAAAUAUGAACGAUCCAGGGCCUCCAGUGGCAGAGGGUCAGACAUUGUUGCUCCACCUAAACCUGCCAGACGUAUGGAGAUAGCACAGAGCCAGGAAAUGAGGGAUGCAGAGAAAGAGAAACUGAAUUCAGGAAUCCGCUCUCCAGGACGGCCAAGGCACAACCCUUUCAAUCGGGCAUCCCUUAUUCUGGUCGAGCCACCUGAGAAGACAGAAGAGCCAUUAACCAAUGGGGACCAGGAGUUUCCGAAGUCACCUGAAACAGAUACCAUAUCUCCUCUUAAUAAUCACCCAGUUGGCCAGGCCAGUCAGACCUCAGGAGGCUCUAUAACAUCAGAAGGCUCCUCUGUAGGGUUCAGGCCUGUUCCAAAGAAGAGGACAUUUCUGUCAAGGCGGUCCAGCACUCAGAAGUCAGAAGUCAGCAGCUCUGGGUCAGGCCCACAGGCAGGGUCAAAGGUCAUUGUCCCUGCCCCAAGAGUGAGCCUCCAACGUGGCUCCAGUGGGGGCUCUAACCAGUCCAGCCUGAGGGGCACUGAAGAAAUGUCACAGAAAAGUGCAACUACAACAUCUCAUCAAAUUUCUCACUCUGGUCAGCCGCCCAAAUCUCCAAAUGAGGCCUCUCAGCAGCCGAUGUGUGACACAUCUCAGGUUUCCUCCAACACUGAGCUAGAGAGAGAUAGCAACCUACCCUCUAUAGCCAGAGAGGGGUCAGUAGAAAAUUCAUCUUACAAUUCUUACCACAAACCUUUAUUGAAGCCCCCUCCUCUCUCCACUGAAACCGACAACCUGUGCAUUUCCAGAGCAGACACUUACACCAAAAGUGAUGGUCCCUCUGACAGAGUAACCGUGGGUAAACGUGGAGAAAAGGAUGAUCUGAACCAAAGAGAAUCUCUACCCACUAACAGGAAUCAGGAUUCAGAUAGGUCAAAAAACAGCACUGUGGAAACAGCAGGUGGGCAGGAGGAGCUCAGCUUGACCGAAAGUAUUGUGGAAACACCAGUACGUUAUGAUCUCAACUUCACUGAGAAAACUGAUCAGCCUUCAACCAAAAAAUCAAAUCAGAAACUUAAAUGCAAAUUAUCCCCCCAGACACCCACUGGGGAUGAGGAGGACUCCAUUGCCAAGGUCCUGGAGUGGUUCAGCCGCAGCACAGACAGCAGUGAAUGGCUCAAUGCAGAGGACAGUCCAAAGGCUAUAAAUAAUACUGACAGACGAGAAGACAUCACCACACUGAGAUCCGAAGAUUUGCUGACAAGAGAUGAUGAGGAUGUCUAUGAACCCAGAGUAACUGAUAGAAAGAGCGAGGCUGUAGAAAUUAAGAGAGAUCCUUUACAACGACAGGCAAAUGAGGCUAAAGAUAAGAUGGGGCAGACUAAGUUAAGAACAACAGACAGAAUGGAGAGCAAGGAAGUGACAGAAGUGCAUGAAGAUGUGAAAAAUGAUGUCAGAGCACAUAUGAAGGCACAGGAAGUAAAUGACAAUGAAGAUGAAAGUCAAGUACCCAAAAUCUCUCAUCUGAAGUCAUUCUGGGAGAAAGGUAACACGGGCCCUAAAAUACUCAUCAGCAGAUCAAACACAAUCAGUGACAAAGGACAGAAACCUGUCUACCUUCCAGUGGAGAAGGGGAGGCAGAAAGAAGUGAAUGAAAAUGAAGAACAUAUAUGUGACAUGCCUUCUGGAGUGAAGGGAAAAUAUGACAGACGUGCCUCAAAUACGGAUGAAAGAGAAAAAGAACAACUGCAAUCAGUUAUUUCACAGAAAGACAUUGGAGGUCAUUCACCUGCACCAGAGAUACACACAUCACCAACCUACCAGGGAAAACAUCACAGUUCUGGAAGUCAAAUGGAAGAGGAACCAAAGCACAAUACAGAUUAUUUAGCAUCACAAGCCGGUCACCAAGUAGCUGACCGAAGAGGUUCAGACACAGAGUUUUUAUCGCUAACCACAGUCAGUCCUCUGCCAAGGACACACCUCCAGUCUCGAGUCAGUCUCGAGUCGGAGGGCCUCUCUCCACAGCCUGACAGUAUUUCCCAAUCUACAGGCAGCCCUAUGCCUGUUAAAUCCCCAUUAUUCAUAUCAACCACACAGCAAGAAGAGUUGCCCGAGGAUGGUCCUACCUCACAGCUUGAUACAAACCUCCAAGCAAGGAACAGCGCUGACCCUGAGAAGCUCUACCUGUCCAGAAACAGUCCAUAUAUGGACUACCAGAGAGGAGGGAAAGAUGCACAAUGCACUCCCAAAACACUAAUGCGGAGAGGUUCAAGUGAAGAUGGAAGAUGGAGGGACAGUGAAGAUAGAGGUGUGCAGUCAAGCACACCUUCCAAAAAAAAGGAAGAUUUGUCCAAUAAAGACAGAACUAGUAGCCCCCAUUCGCAGAGACAGGGUCCCAAACAUCAGGAAAGCACUGCAGAGAGGAUAAAGCAGCUCAAAUCUUUCUGGGAGCAGGAGAGGAACAAGCCUGUGUUUUACACUGGUAAAUCUAAAGGUUCAGGGGACGGGAAAGUAAGUCGAGGGGCAAACCUAGCAAAACUUAAUAAAAGAUUCACCAAAUCUGAAUAUGACCUGACAUCAAUUGGCAAUGAUUCCAACAGCGAUGUGGAAGAAUCUGAUAGAACCCGGCAAAAUUUUACAAUUCUUCCUCUGAAUCAGAGGCUAGACAAAUUGUCCCCAAGCCUUGGAACUAACCGUGCACAAUUUAAUAAUCUCCGUGAGUUCUGGGGUGAGGCCGCCUCAGUUCGCAGGGGGUCAUUAUCCUUUGACAAACCCAAAAGUUCCAGAAAGAGAGAAUCAAUAGAUGCUCAGCCUUCAGCCUCAGAGUUAAAGUGCGCUGACCCCGAGUUUUACCGAAAAUCCUCCACCAUCGAGAAAAACAAUACUAGACCAAAUAUGAAGUCCUCCCCACCCUGUCAGAACCGAUCAAAGUCACCCCAUGAUAGACAGAUGGGGUCUGGGUCAGGAUCAGGGAACGAUAACAAAGGCAACCUGUCCCAUUACGUGACCGCUGAGAUGGGACAGCAAAGAGAUUCCAGGAGGGGCUCAAAAGAGUCUGCCAGAGAGGAAAAACCCACCAAAUCACAAAACAGCCUAGGGAAAGACGCUCGUUCACCCAAGAGCAAGAAAGACAGCUUUGGCAAUACCAGUGGUCGUGCAAGUUCUUUGCGUCGCGCCACAAGUAUGUUUGCUCUGGACGUUAGUGAUCAAGAUCAACCAUUUCUAGGCCAGCUGAAAAAGACCCCAGAUGCUAGCCCUGUUCACUCCCAGAGCAGAAGGCAGACAGCUGAUCGGAUGCAAGGCAGGAGGCAGAGUACUGAAAAAGGAGCCACGUCUAGGAGAUUGUCAGAGGAAUGUGAAAAUCUGGCCCCACGUGCACGGGCGUUUGUUCCCAGAGACUAUCGACAUUAUUUGGGCAUGACAGAGAAGUCCAGCGUUCACACCUCCCUGGCCCCAGCCAUGAAGGAACAAGGGUCAGAGGGCAAGACCGGAUAUGAGCUUGACCUGAGUGGACCAGUGAGGGCCAGCACCCCUGUGAGCUCAGAGGAGCGCUACAGCAGGAAAGGCAUCAAGGUUAGCCAGCGCCCUCUAUGGGCAGGCUACAGCAGCUCCGACACCGGCCAAGAGUCGUCAGUGAGCAGCACGUCAGAAACGUGGUCCAACUCCAGGAACAGCUCUAACCGAGAAAAUGAUGAUGAGGACCAAAACCCUGUGAGGAAAGCAUUGAGGCGAGCUGAGGCACGGCCUAAAAAUCUGGCUAAAAGUAUGGAGGACAUAACAGCGUCCUCAACACCACGCCAAGAAGGAAGACAAGACCCCAUUGCUGAUUUGAGACGCAUUAGUGAUGUCCCAUCCAUCCCCUCACCCGCCUCGUCCUCAUUUUCGGACCCAGAACACCUCAAGAAGAUGAGCAAGUCAGUUCCUUCAUUCCUGCAGAAGGAGGGUGACGGCACAGACCCUGACUCCACCUCCGAGGACAGCUACCACCGAGGCCAGGCGAGGAUGGGCAGAUCUGUAACUAACCUCACCAGCUCCUCUGGCAUGGCAUCAGCAUCCUCUCUGAGUGGAAGCGUGAUGACAAUGUAUAGUGGGGAUUUCGGAAAUGUGGAGGUUCAGGGAAACAUCCAGUUCUCCAUCAACUAUGUCCAGAAGCUCAGAGAGUUUCAUAUAUUUGUGGCUCAGUGCCAAGACCUGGCUGCAGUCGAUCCAAAGAGAGGCCGCUCCGAUCCGUAUGUCAAAAGUUACCUUGUUCCCGACAAAGCAAAUCUUGGAAAGAGGAAAACAUCGGUGAAAAAGAAAACACUAAAUCCAACUUUCAACGAGAUCCUCAGAUAUCGAGUUCGCAUGGAAUAUCUCCGAACCCAGACGCUCAUUCUUUCAGUCUGGCACCACGACACCUUUGGCAGGAACAGUUUCCUAGGGGAGGUGGAUGUGGACCUUUCCAAGUGGGACUUUGACCACACCCAGAUGAACUACUUAGCCCUGAAAGCCAGGACGACACCCACUCUAGUGCCCUCAAAUGACAGAGGAGAGAUGAGAGUAGCCAUACGUUUCCUACCCCAGAUCACCCACAGCGAGGGCGUGGCUAAGGACGGCCCCAACACAGGAGAGAUUCACAUUUGGGUGAAAGAAUGCAAGAAUCUGCCUCUGAUCAGGGCCACCAUUGACCCAUAUGUUAAGUGCUUUGUUCUGCCAGACACAAGCAGGAAGAGCCGCCAGAAGACACGUGUACUGCGGAGGACAGUGGAUCCUAUAUUUAACCACACAAUGGUGUAUGAUGGCAUCAGAGAGGAGGAUCUGACUGAAGCCUGCGUGGAGCUCACUGUCUGGGACAGAGACAGGCUGGCCAGCAACCUGCUGGGAGGACUGAGACUGGGACAUGGCACAGGCAGGAGUUACGGAGCAGUGGUGGACUGGAUGGAUUCAAAUCAACAGGAGGUGGCUAUGUGGGAGCGAAUGAUGGCGGCACCUAAUGAAUGGGUGGAGGAGGUGCUCCCCUUAAGAAUGCUGACCUCUGCCAAAACAGCACUGAAGUAAAAGUGGAAUACCCGCCACAUUUCAAAGACAUUACAUUUUAAUCGAUGAAACAGUACUAUUUUAUAAAGAUCCAGUGCAAUGAUCUUAAUUCAGUCAGGGAAAGCUUUCUAAGGAUUUCAGCAAGAUAUGGAGACAAGUGAAAAAUCGCAAUUAACCAUGUUAUUGUCAUUUCACAGCUGCUUACAGUGCUAACCACCAAGGCAGUUUCUCAGUUCCCUUCCCCCUCUCUUUUUUGCACAGUCCUCAGUGUGCAACACAUAUCGUAAACACAUCUUUUUACUCCCUAAAUAUCAAAUAAGCCGCAUUAUCGAACAAUGGUCAUAUCUUCAAUCCCGUUUUGUAAGGCUAAUGUUAACAACUGUGGAGGCGAGCAGUGCUAAAUGCAUGUUACCACACUGAAACAUAAAUAAAAUUUCACUUUCAGUACCAGAGAAGCGUGUGGGACUUUAUUUGAAAUUUGUGUAAGGCUUUGACCUCAUUGUCUCCACCAGGCACCUGCACAAAGGCAAAAGUAAGUAACUUGCAGCUUCACUGCAAACAAGCACAAAGAUUUAAGUCUAACUGCACAUUUUAGCUAAUCAGUAUACCCAGUGUCAAUGUCACUCUGGGUUUUCUGACCUCUUGACCUCUAUUUUUUCUUGGUGACACUGGUAUUUUCUUCAACAUAAAAUUAUUUGUAAAACCAAACAUUUUUUAGGCGGCUUAUUGAAGCAUUGCUUCCAAAGAGUUUGCAGCGCAGACAAUGACAGACAAAAUAAGAUGAUAGUCCUUCCUUCUAAAUGCACCAAAUCCUGCAUAUGAGAGUUUUUAUCUUUGGAGUGGAUAUCUCACUCCUAAUCUCACCAUGGUUAACUAAACCAUGGUGAGACUGUCAGCACAAACCUUGGUACCCAUUGGUGAUAUACAAUCUAGAUGAUUAUGAUAAUGAGUUUGAUUGUUUGGAAAGCAGUCAGCUGGCUCCUGCUGUGCAGACUAUGGGCCACCUGAUUAGCGAUGCACUCUGUUAACCAGUCAGAGAAUUUGCUAAAAUGUGGGUAUAUCUGGGUCAAAUAAAAAUGAGGUCAAAUAAACAUUUUUGUAUCUUGUUAUAACCAGCAGCGUAGUGUAACUUAAAUUUUCUCAGAGUAACACUUGAUUAACAGUUUUCAAUCAGGGGCCCUUCAUUAAACAUCCACAUGACAUUGGGAAAUCCCAUUCUUGUUGCACUGGACCUUUAACGCACAGUUGUUAAAUAUCCUCAGUUACUGACCUGCACCAUACAUAUAUCUAUCAGUAUACUAGCCACUAUUUCAAAAGUUGUUGAAACGGUUGUUGCUGAACAACUGGUAAUUCAUCUAAAUAAAAAUCUACUUCAUCCCAUCCAAUUCAGGUUUAGAGCAAACAGUGAAUGGACACUGAAUGGUUUGCUGACUGGUGCUUUUGAUAUGGUCAGUCACCCAGUACUCUGUCUCUAAGUUGUAUAAAUUCAAAUUGUCUGUUAAUACAAUAAAUUGAAUUCAGUAUUGCCAAUUUGACUACUCUCAGUGUCUGGAUAAAGGAAAAAAACAUCAUCUCAAGAGUAUGUGUUAUGGGAGUGCCGCAAGGUUCCAUCUUAGGACCUUUGCU